AUGGCAAGUCAGAAUUCAGAUCUUAAUAUUUCUGAUUUUUUUGAACUUUCGUUUGGACUGGGACCAAUCGAAUUAGAUCCUACUAGUUUUGUGACAGAAGAAUUGACUUACGAAUUAUUUAUCUCACUUAUUGAACCUUCUUUGUGUGAACCAAAUCCAAGAGGAAUUUUUCGCAAAUUAUUUCCAUAUCUCGUUGAUAAUAUUAACAGAACCAUUUCAAUAACCAAACUUGCUAACUAU